GAAGUCAUGGCUGUUACACAGCAACCACAGGGCUAUGCACGCUCUGAGUUCCAAACUGGACUUCUGGACUUCUGCAGUGACUGUGGCACAAUGUGUUAUGGAUGUUUCUGUUUCCCGUGUCUGGGCUGUUCCAUAGCCAGUGACAUGGACGAGUGCUGCUUGUGUGGCAUAAGCAUGGCCAUACGCAGCGUAUACAGGACCAGAUACAACAUAGAAGGGUCUCUGUGUAGUGAUUACAUGGCCAGCAUGUGUUGUUUGAUGUGUGCCACCUGCCAGCUGAAGAGAGACAUAGACAGGCGCAAGGAACAGGGGAUCUUCUAAACGUUGGUCUGUGUGCACCUUGGCAGCAAUGGAUGAUCAAUUAGAACUGCCUCUUACGAGCACACACAUGACAUUAUCUAAAGAAUCUCUUCCACACACAAACGACCCUACACUCACUGAAAUCCAAACAUCCACACCCUAACAGACGAUACCCACACCCCUUAAAGAUCAAUAGAUAGGAUUUACUUUGUGUGUGAGGGGUCGGUGUUGAAACGUGAAAUGGAGUAACCUGAUGACUGUAACCUGAUGUCCUCUGUCUAUAUGUGUACUCAUGUAGCGCCGUGAAAAAUGAGAAUGUUACAUACCAGCUGUAAUAGGACUUUGUAUGUUUA